UAACAAAAUUUGGGUUUAGGGUUUUGGAAGGAAGAGGAGAGCAGUUCAUCAUCGUCUUAAUUACCCAAAUGCUCGUGUUGAAGUUCAUUUGAUUCAUCUUCUUCAUAUACAUAUUACAGUAUUUAUAUUUAUAUUCACUCACGAGUCUUUACAUAACCUUGACGAGAGAGAUGAUUAGGGGUGGAAGAAGCUUUGUUUCUUCGCCUCCGGCGUUUUCAAACGAUGCAAAGAAGCUUCUUGUCUGCACAGACAACACCAUAUCGGUCUUCAGCACCUCCACUGGCUUACAGUUAACGGAGUUGGAAGGUCACAGGGCACUUGUAACAUCAAUUAUAGUUGUGCCCGCUUCUUCAUCUGCCAGUAAAAUGUUGUGCUAUUGUUGGACCGCUUCUCUUGAUGGGACCAUUAGGUACUGGGAUUUUUCUGCACCGGAAUUGAUGAAGACUAUUGAGAUUCGUUUUCCGAUUUUCUCCAUGGUGAUUCCAGGUUUGUUAGCCAAACAGGUGGUUGACAAUUUAAAACCACCGGAUCUUUUCGCUUAUGUUUCUACUGAAGAUAUAAAAGAGCAGGAGAAUCGGCCUAACAAUUUAAGCGGGCAAAUCCGGAAGUGUAACUUGACAAAAUGUCGUCUAGUGGGUAGACUCACUUUGGCAGAGACUAAAAAACCAGAAUUCAUAACCAUUUCUUCCUCUGGGAAAUACAUUGGCAUCCGGGAGAAGCAGAAGCUUCGUAUAUGGGAAGUCCCAGCAAAAGAUUCUGAGCAGGUUGUGAUUAAGAAAAUGAGAUUGCGUCGUACCAAAAAGUUGACAACUCUUGCUUUUCAUCCAACCGAGAGAAUUAUAGCUGCAGGUGAUGUAACAGGAAGGAUCUCAAUUUGGAGGGGUUUUGGUAAUAAUACAUUUGCUGUUGGUGAAAAAUCUGUAAUUGGAGGGUCGAUUAAGAAUGAGGAUGAAAGACCUGGGGUGAGGGGAGAUGAUGAUGCCGAUUCCUGCACCACAUGGCAUUGGCACUCUGAUGAAGUGAAGCUUCUCUUUUUCUCUUCUGAUGGAGCGUAUCUAUAUUCAGGUGGAAAGGAAGGGGUUCUUGUAGUUUGGCAACUAGACACAGGGAAGAAGAAUUUCCUACCACGAAUAGGAUCUCCACUUUUAUACUUUAUUAAUUCUCCAGAUCCUUCACUUUCCUCUAUGUCUUGUGCGGAUAAUCAAAUUCAUCUUCUGAAAAUGCCUUCAAUGGAGAUUUUGAAGUCCAUUUCUGGGAUCAAGCUCCCUUGUUCAGUUCCAGAAAUAUUUAUAGGCUCAUCUAGCGGGCUUGUGUUUGAUCAAACCGCUGGGUUGGCUGCCAUACGUACAGAGAACUACCGCAUCCAAUUCUACAGUUUGUUUGAUGACCGUGAAAUUUCAGAGGUCCAAGUCUGUGAAAGGAACCAUCAACCAGGUGAUGACGUCACGGUAAUAGUGACUUUGGUGGCCCUAUCCCUUGAUGGCUCUAUGAUGAGUACUGUUGAAACUAAGCUUCCUGAAGAAGGAAUAGGAGGCCUUGUCACGCUUAAGUUUUGGGCACGUGGAUCAAAGAGUAAAGACUUUAGCUUGUCGACCAUCAUUUAUGAACCACACAGGGAUGCUGGUGUUUCUGCCAUUGCUUUCCAUCCUACACGUGAUAUUGCUGUGAGCUCUUCUUAUGGUGGUAACUUCAAGAUUUGGGUUCACAACCAUGAGAUUCGGCAGAAGAAUCAAAUGCUUCAGAACACUGGGUGGACAUGCCAUGCUGUCGGUUCAUACAAAAACAAGCCCAUGACAGCUGCUGCGUUUUCUGCUGAUGGUUCUGUUCUGGCUGUUGCAGCAGAAACUGUUAUUACAUUAUGGGACCCAGAGAAGAAUGUGCUAGUGGCUGUAAUAGGAGAGAAUCUUGAGCCAAUUGAGACCCUGGCAUUUGUUGGGAAGUCAGAAUAUCUUGUGUCUGCAUCCCGAGGUUCAAACCCACAAGUUUCUCUUUGGAGUAUGUCAAAGCUGUCUGUAUCUUGGUCCUACAAGCUUCACGUGGAAGCUGUAGCUUGUACGGUGGAUUCUACAUCCUUUGCGGUUCUUGCUCUUCUCCCUAAAUCAUCUAAUGAUAUGGAGUCUAAUGAAACCACUCUGCAGUAUACAAACGGGGUAAUUUUGUUAUUCAAUGUUGGAGAUCCGAUUCCUGUGGCUACCUGGUCCGUAAGAAAGGCAAAGGGAGGGGGACUUGCUUUUCUUCAUACAAAUGCAGUUUCCUUGGAAGAGAAUAUUUCUGAUGAAAAACCAGCGCCAGUGUUGCUUGCAUACACAAACGGUGAUCAUGAGUAUGUUAUCUUUGACCCAUAUGGAAAGCAAGCACUUGAGCACAAUGUUACUCACAGGGCUGAUCUGGAGGAAACCGCAGGGCAAUUUGGUUUUGUGUCUAUCUACGGAGAUUUACCAGAGUUCAACAGAAAGAGAAAUCAGAGUCCAUCAGUCCCAUGGGUACCAUCUGAAAAAUCUUGGGAGACCAUCUUCACUGGAUCAUCUUAUAAUCUUCCUCCUCUCACCAAGUUGUGUACAGCGUUUUUGGAAUCAUUGCUAGAAAAGAGAAGUGCUGAACUGCAGUAACUCUCCAAUAUGACCAGAGUAAAAUUAAUUCUUGUCGGUUUAAGCAUCUGAAUCUACCGUUUUAGUCCAUCUUGGAUUUUCCAUUUGUGUCUCCUAUGAAAUCAGUUUGACUUGGAUAAGAAGAAGCAACAGCUACCUGUUCCGCGCAUAUUCAUGUUGAGAGGAAGCUGUAUUGUUGAUAUGCAAAUACGUUGCCAUAAAAUCGGAGGCUGCGGGUAGACAAUGUAGUUUGGAAGUAAUGUGCAAUUAACAGGAACUGAAGAAACUUUCUAUAAAUAUGGAGGAAAAUUAUUUUGGGGCCUCAAGUUGUUGAAGAGAGACUUGUUCAGUCUUGAAGCAAGCCAGGCUGGUGAUCUUCAAAAUUUUUGUAUUGUAACCAUUCAUUGUUUUGAACAUUUAAAUUUGUGAGGUUAGGUCAUUUAGGAAGUACCUGUUUUAAACUGUUUUCGGUACAGUCACUAAAUUUAUACUACAGAUCUCUGAAGUUAUUUUUGAGUUUCAAGUGAAUGAUAUUUUGGGCA